GUCGCCCUUGUGAAGAAUAGGGUGCUGGCUACAGUUGGAGAUAAGGAGUGGAUCCCAUAUGCCAAGUGGUAUGGGAGUGCUCCAGCUGUGAACAUGCUGAGGGCAUUUGGGUGCAUGGUGGUGUUUCAUGUGCCUAAGGAGAAAAGGGGGAAGUUGGAGGCUUCUGGAAGAUGGGGUGUGCACUUGGGGAUUGCAAAGGAUCACAAGGGGUGGCUGCUAUGGGACUUGACCACCCAGAAGCUGACAGUGUCAAGGGAUAUUGAGGAAGAUGAGAUCGCUCACUGCUACUGGGCACCAAUCCCUGAGCCCAAGACUCGAGAAGAGGCCUUGAAUGGACCAAAUGGGGAGAAGUGGAAGGCGAGUGAGGAUGAGGAGUUCGGGUCCCUGAUUGAGAACGAGACAUGGGACCUGUGUGACUUGCCUCCUGGAAAGAAGGCAAUCACUUCCAAGAUGAUCUACAGGCACAAGUAUGGACCUGAAGGGGAGCUGACCCGCUACAAGUCUAGGCUUGUGGCACGGGGGUUUCAGCAGACAAAAGGGAAGGACUAUGAUGAGGUGUUUGCUCCUGUGGGGAAAGGAACAACACUGAGGGUGCUGUUGGCGAUAGCUGCACUCCUGGGAUGGAAGAUACGGCAGAUGGACAUUGAAGUAGUGUGGCUAAGGCGUUUGUUGGAGGAGUUGGGAGUUGGUCAGGAGGAGCCGACAGUUGUGUUCUGUGACAAUGAGUCUGCUGUGAAGCUCGCCAAGAAUGCUUGUCUGCAUGGGCUGACAAAACACAUAAGGCCUAAGUGGCAUUGGGUGAGGAGACUCCUUGAUAAGGAGGUGCGGCUGGAGAUAGUGAAGACCCAUCAGCAGGCAGCAGAUAUUUUCACCAAGCGUCUGGCGGAGGCGGAUCAUUGGAAGGGCAUGAAGCUUGCUGGGAUGAUGGUGAACGCGCACAAGGUGGCGCUGUGCAAGGCUCAGGUGCACAAGGUGAAGGUGCACAAGGUAACGCCUAUCCUGGGAUAUUUGCUUGAUGAGGUAAAACCCCCUGGGAAGAUUAAGUAUGUGGCAGCAGCGUCAGGUGCUUUGCUCCCCGUGAUUGGUGUUGGGAAUGCCAAGGUUAAGGGAGCUAAUGGGGAGCUUGUGGGGCUUGGGAAUGUUCUGCUGGUUAAAGGCUUGUCUGCUAACCUUCUCUCUACUCGAGAAGAGGCCUUGAAUGGACCAAAUGGGGAGAAGUGGAAGGCGAGUGAGGAUGAGGAGUUCGGGUCCCUGAUUGAGAACGAGACAUGGGACCUGUGUGACUUGCCUCCUGGAAAGAAGGCAAUCACUUCCAAGAUGAUCUACAGGCACAAGUAUGGACCUGAAGGGGAGCUGACCCGCUACAAGUCUAGGCUUGUGGCACGGGGGUUUCAGCAGACAAAGGGAAGGACUAUGAUGAGCGCAGAGCAGAUGCUGGAGAUGCAGUUCAAGUGCUCCAAGAUGGGUGAGGUGAAGUACUACUUGGGGAUGCACGUGGAGAGAGAUGUGGAGAAGGGUGUGCUGAGGUUGCACCAGAGGAAGUACUGUGAGGGGCUGGCUGAGAAAUUUGCUUGAUGAGGUAAAACCCCCUGGGAAGAUUAAGUAUGUGGCAGCAGCGUCAGGUGCUUUGCUCCCCGUGAUUGGUGUUGGGAAUGCCAAGGUUAAGGGAGCUAAUGGGGAGCUUGUGGGGCUUGGGAAUGUUCUGCUGGUUAAAGGCUUGUCUGCUAACCUUCUCUC